GGAGGAUCUUCCUAUGGAGAGAAAGCAGAACCCCUUAGAAGACUCCUCAGGAAAUCGGAAGGAUGGGUUUGGGGAGAAGAACAAGCCGCGACCAUGGAGGCCUUAAAGGGGGAGUUCCACGAAGGUGGAGAGGUCCUAGGAGUUCCUUUCUUCGAGGACGAGGAGCAUCGCCCCUUUAUAGUUUCCACGGACGCGGGACCUCACUUGGUGGGGGGCCUCCUAUCUCAAAAGGACGGAGAGGGGAAAGAGAGACCAUUGCGAUUCGAGAGCCGGACAUUGAACCCCGUCAAGAAAAAUUACAGCCAAUUCAAAAAGGAGGUGUUAGGGGUCCUGCAUUGCCUAAAGGUCUUCCGUCAUUACCUAUAUGGGCGACAAUUUCUCCUGAGAGUGGACCCAACUGCAGUAGCGGCGGUCCUUCAAAAGGAUUUCUCACUGAUUGAUCCGACCAUCGCCCGAUGGAUGAUACACAUUAGGCUUUACGACUAUAGGGUCGAAAGGAUAUCCGGGACCAAGAACCAGGUCGCGGAUGGAUUGUCCCGGCUUCCCAUUCGUGAGGAGGACCUACCUAGGCUUAAGGAGGAAGCAGUGACAAUGGUCGAGGAGGAGAUAAUGAAAGUCGUCGCUAAUAGGGCGCAAAUGGCGGGGAGCAGCCGAGGGGAAGAAGGAGGCCCAAAGACUUUUCUCGCAAAUCUCUUCGACGGGAAGUACCGAGACAUAGGACUGUACUUGGCCGGUAGGGAAACAGGGACUGAAAGAAUCCAGCAAGAGGCGCUGGGGUAUUGCCUGCGGGGAGGCCAUCUCUUCAAAAGGCCCACCAAGUUUGCGAUACCCAUAGGGGUGCUGUGCGAUCCGGAGGAGAGAAGAGCGGUCAUAGAGGAGUUACACGAUGGGGUCGUUGGAGGUCACAGGGGGGUGAAGGGUACUUUCGAUAAGGUCCGUAGGCUUUAUUGGUGGGACGGGCAAUACACGGAAGUAGAAAAGUAUUGUUCAACGUGUGAGGCCUGCCAGAAGAGGGCGACGGUUCGAUACAAAGAACCCCUAGUUCCGUCACUCCCCACGGUUCGAGGCGAGAAAGUCCAUAUAGACUUAGUGACCAUGCCGAAAGGGGUCGGCGGGCUUCAGUAUAUAAUCAACGAUCGGGAUGACCUCACCGGAUUCGUGGAAGCAAAGGCCGUUAAGAAGAAAACGGCGGAGGAGGUCUCUGUUUUGAUCUACUGCAUUCCAAGGAAAAGGUUCUACAGAAAGAACCUAAAUUCAUGUUAUCUUUCGAUAACAGUGGUGGCGAUGGCGGUGGUGGUGGUGGCGGUGGUGGUGGCGGUGGUGGUGGCGGUGCUUGGCCUUGUUGCCCUACCUACUGCUGCGGAGCGUGCCGCUGCUCUUGCAUUACGUUUUGCUCUCUUCCUGCCGCGAAGUUUAGCAUUAUUUGCCCCGACAUUGCUACCUGAACUCUCCUUCUCCGUUGAGCGAUGGUAUGUGGAUCAUCAGCCGAUCGGGGUGCACAAAUACGAGUGUUGUAAAUCACUAGUGAUUUACACGUCCCGGUUUGCAGAUAACCCAGAAGGUUCAUUCAACGAUGAAGAUGUUUGAGUUGAUGUUAGUAACUGGAUAAAUUUCUGCGAGAAUU